AUGGCUUAUGAAGCCGUGCUCUAUGUUUCUUUCAGUUCUGGCAGAACCAUUAGAGACCUUGGCAAGUCUUCCUCUGGCAAGGCUGGUGGUGAGACUGGCAAGUCGCAGUCGCGCUCUGCCAAGGCCGGUCUCCAGUUCCCCGUUGGUCGUGUCCACCGUCUCUUGAAGAAGGGCAACUACGCCCAGCGUGUGGGUGCUGGUGCUCCUGUGUACCUCGCCGCCGUGCUCGAGUACCUUGCUGCCGAGAUCUUGGAACUGGCAGGCAAUGCAGCCCGCGAUAACAAGAAGCAGCGUAUCGUCCCACGUCACUUGCAGCUCGCAAUCCGUAACGAUGAGGAGUUGAACAAGCUACUCGGCGAUGUUGUCAUCAGCCAAGGCGGUGUCGUGCCCUUCAUUCUCCCCGAGCUUCUCCCAUCAAAAUCGAACAAGGGCAAGAAGGAGGGUGCCUCGCAGAGGUGUAGACGUUAGGAUGUUGUGUCUAUGUCAUGAUCGUGUCAGGAUUGUAUUGUGUAUCAGUUCGUGUCUACUGUGUCCCUUAAUUCGUGUCGUAUGUGUAUGUCUAUGAGCAACCCAAGCUGGAUGCCCCAGGAUUUGUUUGACC